UAAAAGAAAUACAUGGGGUCUCGUCACUUCUCUAGUUCUCAAGUUUCUGUCGGCUUCCAUUCUUUCUCUCUCUCUCAUUUCGAGCCCCAUUGGAUAGCUUGCUUUCAGCUAGGGUUUCCAAAAUAUUUCUCAUCGUCUCGGCCGCCAAGAUGGGUAUUUGGGACUCGUUUCUAAAUUGGCUUCGAAGUUCUAAUUAGGACAUUCCGCAGCUUGUUCUUCAAGCAGGAAAUGGAACUCUCACUUAUUGGACUUCAGAAUGCUGGAAAAACUUCGCUUGUCAAUUCUAUUUCUACAGGUGGAUACAGUGAAGACAUGAUUCCAACAGUGGGUUUCAAUAUGCGCAAAGUUACAAAGGGUAAUGUGACCAUAAAGCUCUGGGAUCUUGGAGGACAACAGAGGUUCCGCACCAUGUGGGAACGGUACUGUCGUGGAGUAUCUGCAAUCAUAUAUGUGGUCGAUGCUGCUGAUCGAGAUAGCAUUCCCAUAGCCAGAAGCGAACUUCAUGAGCUGCUGAUCAAACCUUCACUUAGUGGAAUUCCUCUUCUUCUUCUUGGUAAUAAGAUUGACAAAUCAGAAGCUCUUUCUAAGCAGGCAGUAGUUGAGCAGAUGGGCCUUGAGCUUAUAAAGGACAGGGAGGUUUGCUGCUACAUGAUCUCAUGCAAAGAGUCAAUCAACAUAGAUGUUGUCAUGGACUGGCUUAUAAAGCACUCAAGGACUGCAAGAUGAUAAUCACCUGUUUGGUUCUCUUUCUUUAGUAAAUAAUGAGAUGGGAAGUCUUGUGAAGGUAUCUUUGAAGCAUAACACUGCAGCAUUUGUGAGGUAAAUUAUCCAUUUCAUUUAUAAAUCAGUCAUGUUUUGCUGUAUAUGCAAAUUUCUUGAUGUAAAAAUUAUGAUUGUUUAUCAAAUCCUUAGAGAGAGAGAGAGUGAGUGAGAGAGAGAGAGAGAGAGAGAAGCUAGAGUGAGAGAGAAGUAAUAUGGCAGUACCAGCAAUCAUUUAUGCAAUGUCAGCAUCUGGUAGGAUGUUUUUCUA